AUGUGGCGGAGUGGCUGGGGCAGGCACUUCCUGCGCCUUCGGAGCGGUAGCUCUCGGAGAAAGGUGCGCGCCCGCGGUGGCCUCGCGCUGGCCGAGGCUGGGAGGUUGAGUGUCGUCCUCUACGCCGGGCAGACUCUGCUGGGUCUCCGCCUCACGCAGUGCGGCAGCGCCACCCAGCGCAGCAUCGCGGCAGUCACAGCGGUCCCGCUGGCCUCGGCGCUCUUCACCUCGCGGAGGCUGAUGAGCUCGCCGGGUGCAGAGUCCUACACCGGGAACUCGGCGCAGGGCCUGGUGCUGUGCCUGCUGGGAUUCGCUGUCUACAUCCAAGGGCGGCACCUGAGAUAA